CGCAUGUGCAGUAGCCUUUUUUUGUUUUGCUGUGGUUGCGUUUAAUCAGAGCACUGCCUUCACUCCUACUAGAAGACGUCUUCGAGUAAAACUAACUCAUCAGUAAAGGGGACGGGAAUAUAACGCGUUAGCAGCAAGUCCGCUUAUUUUUCUAGUUACACGAGUAAUCGUAGAUAGCUCGAUACGCACAUGAUUUAGCGACUGGUCAAGACUACUGAAGAAUGGCUGAGCAAAGAAAUGGAUAUCGGCAGUUAACGAACGAGGAGCAAAACCCCGAGGUUCCUCCAGAAACAGCUGAUGCACCUCCGUCCUACAACAGCAUAGCUGCUGGGGCAGGUUUCUUUGGUUAUAAAGAAGACAGCGGGAGUUACCCUAACCCCCCCUCAUACAAUGUUGCCACAUCUUUGCCAUCGUACGAUGAAGCAGAGAGGACCAAGGCUGAGUCCACUGUACCUCUCGUCACAGCCAGGGAAGAGGAUUUCAUUUCCAGAGAUGACUUUGAGGACGUUGACCAGCUGCGAGUUGGGAACGAUGGCAUAUUCAUGUUGACCUUUUUCAUGGCUUUCCUUUUCAAUUGGAUUGGGUUCUUCUUGUCCUUCUGCCUCACCACUUCAGCAGCGGGGCGCUACGGGGCCGUGUCUGGGUUCGGCCUCUCCCUGGUUAAGUGGGUCCUGAUUGUCAGGUUUUCCACAUACUUUCCUGGAUACUUUGAUGGGCAGUACUGGCUGUGGUGGGUUUUUUUGCUUGUGGGGUUCCUGCUGUUCUUCAGGGGGUUUGUUAAUUAUUCUAGAGUGCGCAACAUGGCUGACCAUUCCUUCUCAUCUCUUCCUCGAACCAGAGUCCUUUUUAUCUAUUAAAUAUUUUUCAUCUCAGGACUACUACAAAAUCAACAAAAUGACAAGCUCAGCUCAAAUCUGCAGGACCUAGAAAGCAGUGAACAGAAGAAAAUGUUCACAUUAAACAUCACCGUACUGCUAUUAAACAACUGAACGUUAAGGUACAUUUAUGUACAUCUAAAAGGGUAUUAAUAGUCCUCCAAUCUUGUAUUUAUAAUCAGUAACUAAUAUCCAGUGCAAUUUACUAUGGCAACAUUGCUUCAUUGUCUGUUGCUGGGUGUUUUUAAAUUAGCAUGCGAUGAAGUUUAUGCUAAACAGCCAUAUCUUCAGACACGUAAUUCCUUGCAAAGUUCACAGUGUACUCAGAGAUUAUCUUGGGUAAUGCGAUGGCCUGUUAGUAUUCUCAUUAAUAGUGCUGGGGGAAAGUUUAGUUUUACUUUGUGAGUAAGUAUUGUAACCAAACCUUUUCUGUGUGUAAUAUACAAAGAAUAGAUGUAUUAGGACCAUUAUAAUAUCGAUUGUUUCUUACACCUGCACUUUGAAGAGACACUGAAGCUACAGCAACAUUCAGGAAUAUACUUGGCCUUACAUCAAAAUUAUGAUUGAUUAACUUGUCAACUUAUGCGGUGGUUGAUAUAUAUAUAUAUAUAUAUAUAUAUAUUUUUUUUUUAAGUUUCAUAAUUAGGACCAAAAUGUAAACGCUUGCAAAGCGUUUCAGUAAAUGCAAAGCUUUUUAAUAAGAAAGUUUGAUUUGAUUUAACAUUUGACACACCUGAACAGUUUAUUACUUCAGUGAUUUUUGUGUUGAGCAACGGUAAUUUGAUGCUAAAACUAGCAGUAGAUAAACUAUUACGUUUUGUAUUAAAGAUUGUAGUGAAAGGCAUGUUAAUGAAAUAGUGCUGAACAAAACUGUAUAUUGUGAUUUUGUUUGUUUAAACUUGUGCAAGUAAGUUUUAAUAAACAUUGCUUCAGUAACAGGAUUACCUAUCUAGUUGUGGCUCUCUGGACAAUAACAAUUAUGUUUUGUUAUACAUGUUCACUGUUCAGUAUACUUAAAUUUGUUUUGUUAAUGUUUGCCAAAUAAAUACAAAUGAGCUAUGA